AUGUUAGCUAUUUUUCCUCAGAAGCAUGAGGCACGACUCUCCCUCAGUUUUUCAGCCUUCUUUUUAGACAAAUGCGACUCCAUAUGUCAGCGCACUACGGGGGAAAUUUUCAUCGGAGGACUUAUCACGAUCAUAGGUCGAGUCGUCGACCUAGACUUCCCUGCUCCCGAGUACAUACCUAUUGAUACCCCACCAAACUUCCUGCUAGACUGUGACGCUCUCAUUCGAAUGGAGAUGUUGCUCGAUCGGGGAACCUGGACGUACAGUUGGCUAGACUCUGACAAAACCCCGAUCUACAUCCUUUUAAUUUGGAUCGAUUCUUCAUUCGACCCGCACGACCCCGAAACUUGGCUUCCUCCAGAUCAGUUGACCCAAGCAGGUGUUUUUCAAGAAUUCAGCGAUGAUGAGGGUGACAACGCAGAGGAGCCUAAGGAAGAAAAUGACGAAGAGGAAGACAAGAUGCUCGAGGCUGAAGGCCAUUUUGACCAGCCUUCAGUGGAGUAG